AUGCGAGUGCUGCACCGUGUACUCCCGCAGCCGGCGCCCGCGCCGCGACCCUGCUGCCUACACCUCUACAGCCACCUCACUGACCCCGGGAGCGCGCACGAGUCUUGGCAGAUCGUGCGCCAGCACGGGGGCGAGCUACACCGCAGUGACACGACUUGGGCCCUGAAGGACAAGAACCGGUACCUGCCCGUGGUCGGGCACACUGAUGGCGCGCUGUCGGUGCUCGAAUGGCACUCGUCGCGGACCGUCUUCCACACGGAGGCGCAUAGCCCGGGUCCUGUCACCGCCAUUGCGUCCACCUGGAACAGCAUCGUGUCUUCGGGCGGAGACCUGACCGUGAAGAUGUGGCGCAUCUUCCCUUACGCCGAGGAGAGCCUGAGCCUGCUGCGGACUUUCUCCUGCUGCCACCCGGUGGUGGCGCUCUGCUUGCUUGGCAAGCGAGUCACGGUGGGCUUCGAGGCUCCAGCCACGGCCACCUAUGGCCUGGUGCAGUUGAGCCUGAGUGACCACCCGCGCUGUGACCACCGGCCCCAGGACGACCCCACGGACCACAUCACUGGCCUGGUCUGCUGUCCUACACUCAAGCUGUACGCCUCCUCCAGCCUCGACUGCACCGUCCGCAUCUGGACAUCAGAGAACCGUCUGCUGCGGCCCUGGCCUUCUGCAGCAACAGUGGGGACUUGGUGCUGGCACUGGGCUCUCGCCUCUGCCUGGUGCCCCACAGGCUCUACCUGCCCACUUCUUACCUGGUCAAGUCCCCAGCAGGAGGCCCCCGGGCUCCUGGAGCUCUCAGGAGUCUCCGAAGCCUGGCUCAGUCCUGGUAUCCCCACUGCUGUCUAUUGUGACUCACCUGGGGGCUGA